AUGGCCACCCUGCAGAAAUCUGUGAGCUUUUCCCUUAUGGGGACCCUGGCCACCAGCUGCCUUCUUCUCAUUGCCCUGUCAGUGCAGGGAGGAGCAGCUGUGCCCAUCAGGUCUUACUGCAAGCUUAAUGAGUCCGACUUCCUGCAGCCCUAUUUCACCAAUCGCACCUUCCGGAUGGCCGAGGAGGUUAGUUUGGUAGAUGACAACACAGAUGUUUCCCUCAUUGGAAAGAAACUGUACCAUGGAGUCAAUGAGAAUGAGCGCUGCAAUGUGAUGAAGCAGGUGCUGAAAUUUACCCUUGAAGAAGUGCUGCUCCCUGAGCUUGAUAGAUUCAAGCCCUAUAUGAAGGAUGCAGUGUCCUUCCUGGAAAUGCUUAGCAACAAGCUUAGCCAAUGCCACAUUGAGAAUGAUGACCAGCAUAUCCACAGAAAUGUACAAAAGCUGAAGGAUACAGUGAAAGAGCUUGGAGAGAGUGGAAAGAUCAAAGCAAUUGGAGAAGUAAACUUGCUGUUUAUGUUCCUGAAAGAAGCCUGCAUUUGA